AUGCCUCGCCGAAUCCCUUCGCAAGUGCCACAGACCGUCUCGAGGCUGCUCGAGUCCGGCUUCCUCAAGCAGCAGCCGGCCUGGUACGAGGCAGUCACCAACCACCCACCCAUGACCGUACCCGCCCGUCACCCGGUCAAGCGUCCCGAUGAAGACCUGCCCGCGCGCCUGCGUUCGACAGCACAGACGGGUCUCGCCAAGAUCGGCUCGUCGUCCAAAGCCGCCGCACCGGCCAACGCCAAGUUCGGUCGCGACACGACCAACUCGAAGAAAAAGUCACGCACCUUGACGCCUACGCUCAAGCCCAAACCCAUCACGUACGACGAGGACAAGGUGCGACAGCAGUUCUACCGCGACCAUCCCUGGGAGGCGUAUCGACCCAAGACGCUCGUCGAGAUGAGUGCAGAGGUCGGUAGCGAAUCGCGCGUCAGUGGCGAUGCCAAGCGUCUGCGUUCGUACGGCCGGGAUCCCAGCGUCGAGGAUGUGGUGGCAUGCACCAUCGCCGCCCACCGCCAGGGAGGACUGUCGUUAUCACAGGCAUACCACAACACGCUUUCGUCCUACCACGCCCUCAAGGCCGAGCACGAACAUGCUACACGCUACGCUGCGCUCGAGGCGCGAUACUACGGUGCGGACCUGGGCAAGUCCGAGACGCAGCGCGGAUUCGAAAAGGAGGACAAGGCGCUCGAAUCGUGGGCCGCAUGGGCUGCAGGAGGUGCUCAGCUCGGCGAUCCUGCCACGCAAGCCACCGAGGUGCAGCAGGUCAAGGCAACCAGAGUCAAGCGCACCGACGACACCUUCACCUCGGGUCAGGCAUACCUCGAGGCGGCCAAGGCUUUCAAGGAGGGCAAAGUCAGCGCAGAGCGUCUGGACAGCGGCGCCGGUGCCACGGCGCAGCAGUCAUCGGCUGGCGCAGCCGCAGGUGCACCCAACAAUGCUCUGCCCGGCGACUCGGCAGACGACUUCCUCGGCCUCGCCCAGUCCACCAUUCGCCCAACACAAGCACCAGCGAGCGAGCAACAGCCCGCAGCCGCGCGCAGCUGA